GACCCAUGCGACGGAAAAUGCGAUCGUUUCGCCUUUACUUGCGUGGAAGGAAGCUGUCAGCGUUUUGUUCCGCAGGAAAUUCCCAGGACCUACAAAAGUCUUUUCGAUGUUUAUGAUGAAGACUUUGAGUAUCAUUACUAUUAUGACGAUUAUGACGAGCAUUAUUAUUAUGACUACUCUGACUUUAGAAGGAAAAUUCGAAGUGCGAAGCCUCCCGGGCAAAAGAAUGCCCACAGAGAUGGCUCACUAUUUCCCCCAAUAGUGAAAGAGAAGAACACACCCAAAAGGACAGCCUGGUGAAGGCUCUAAUAAAAAAACGUUUGUGCUUAAUGAAGGAUCAAUGAAGAAGUAUCUCUAUCGCACAGUAGAUUACUCAGGUUAUUGCGCCCGGGGAUUGUUCAGGUGUUUGGGACUCCCAAAUCUCUGCUUGUAUUCGGAGUUUCUCUGCGAUGGCGUUGUGAAUUGUAUGUUCGGUGAUGAUGAGGAUGACGAUUUUUGUUCAACACGCGAGUGCUUAGUCACCGACUUCAGGUGUGAGUCGGGUCAAUGCAUCAAGAAACAUCAGGAAUGUGACGGCAAGACGGACUGCUGGGACGGAACCGACGAGCACUGUGCAAGCGACUCCGACUGCCCGACACCGCGCACUCACCACUGCGGAGGCGCCUGCAUUAACCCAUUGUUCAUGUGUGACAACAUUUUAGAUUGCCCUAAUGCUGAGGAUGAAAUGUUCUGCAAUUGCACAGGAUUUAAGUGCAACUCGGGCGAAUGCUUUGACGAAUAUUUCUUGUGCAAUGGGAUAGAAGACUGUAGUGAUGGAUCAGAUGAAACAACAGAAGAAUGUGCAGAUUUCAUUUGUCGAGAAGGCCACUUCAAAUGCAGCAGUGGUCCAUGCAUUCCAGAAAAACUGGUUUGUGAUUGUCACUCGGAUUGUGCUGAUGGAUCUGAUGAAAGAAACUGCUCAACCACCCCGUCUUACAAGUGGAGAUGUGACAAUGGCCAGUGUAUCUAUCAUUGGGAUGUUUGUGACGGUGAUAUCGAUUGUAAUGAUGAGUCUGAUGAAAAAGAUUGCACUUGCAGUGGAUUCACAUGCAAUUCAGGUAAAUGCAUACGUGGUUACCAAAGAUGUAACAUGCACUCAGACUGUGCAGAUGGGUCUGAUGAACGUAAUUGCAUAGGCUACAUAUGUCCGUCCUCCUCGUUCCAGUGUGGAACGGGGCAUUGCCUCUUCUUCUCAAAGGUAUGCAAUGGUCGGGAAGAUUGUCCCGACGGUAGUGACGAAGCAUUUUGUAACGACUCCGAACAGUGUAAUGGAUACAGAUGUACGUCUGGAGAAUGUGUUCAGGAACAUCAACUUUGUGAUGGAAAAUACCACUGUCAGGACCGCAAGGAUGAAAGCGUCUGCAUAAAUUUUACAUGUCCAUCCAGUCGACCUUUUGAGUGUGAUUCUGGCAAGUGCCUUCAUACUACAUAUAGGUGUAAUGGUUUCAAAGACUGUCUUGAUGGCAGAGAUGAGAUUAAUUGCUUAGAUGUAUCUUGUUAUGACGAGCAGACUUUCCAAUGCGGAUCAGAUGAAUGUAUUUACGAUUCCUGGGUCUGCGAUUAUCAGCGUGACUGUAUAGACGGAAGUGACGAGAGAGGCUGCGACUGUCAGUAUAACCAAUUAAGAUGUGAUUCAGGUCACUGUAUUUCUAACGAUUCUCGCUGUAAUGGCAUUUGGGAGUGUUUGAGCGGCAAUGACGAGAAAGAAUGUGACAACUUUACUUGUCCUCCUCAUCGUCCAUUCAAAUGUGGGUCAGAUGUUUGCCUUUCAGACUACAUCUUUUGCAAUGAAGAGGCUGAUUGCCCCGGUGAUGUGCACGAAGUCUGCUUAAAUAGAACAUGCAGUGAUGAUAAAUACCAUUGUGCAUCUGGCGAAUGUGUUCAUGGAUACCAAUGCGAUGGUAGGAUGGACUGCAAAGACCGAAGCGAUGAGGCCAACUGCCAAGAUUUUGUGUGUCCUUCUAAUCGACCUUUUAAGUGUGGCUCAGGGGAGUGCAAGUUGCAAAAUCAAGUAUGCAAUGGAUAUCAAGAAUGCAAAGACGGAAGUGAUGAAAAAAAUUGCAGUAAGGAAAACAACCGAGCGUAAUUUCUAUUGACCGAAGCUCUGUCCGUGACGGGUAUGAAGAUUGUAGAAGUGGGAGUGAUGAGCUAGCAGGCUGAGAGAUGUUCUAUACUAAUAACUUAACAUCUGUAAUGAUACCGAAUGCCCCCCCCCCCCCAACGGAUUUGUGAUGGAUACGAAGACUGUCCUGAUGGAGAUGAUCAAGACUGCCAUACCUAUAUCAGACAGUGCAAUUUGAAUCAGAUGAAAUGCACAUAUGACGAUCAAUGUAUACCCUCUAGUUACGUCUGUGACACUUACUUUGACUGUGGAGAUGGAGAAGAUGAGCAGAAUUGCUCCACAACCACCGCUUUCCCCUGAAUGAUUCUUUCACUUGAAAUGUAAUAGGUAUUUCUGCAAACAAGACAUCAAUAUAAUCCCUGAAGUUCUGAA